AAAGACGCGAUCCGAUUGGUUGUCGCGCUUAACCAGAAGUGGAACCUUGAAAUCGCUGGGGAAGAAGACAAUGUCAUCAGCCAAGCUAAGAUGGCUUUCAUAGUUGUCAGAUCUUUCCGUGUAUAUGUUUCGAAUGUACAAGCAUGCAGACAAUUACUAACUGGAAGCAGAGCCUUCAGCCAUUUCUGUCAGAAAAUGAGGCAAUUGGCAGUCAGCCACUUUGACUCUUCUAUAUUGGAAAACAGAAGAGGGUUCCUGUGCACUUCUUGUAGAAACUACCAUGUGAAACUAAAAAAUCACACUAGCCCUGUUGUGGAAACAGUGCAACAUCUUGGAGAGGCCAAUAACAAUUUAAAUUAUAAUAACAAGACAGUAGGUGAACAGAUAUUUUUGAAAGAAUUGAACCAAUGGUCUUCAUACAAAGAUAUUUUCAAAUUUGUGAGUUCAUUGGAAAGUUUAUCUGACAUCAUGGUAGCAGCAAUCUUUCAGCGAUUGGGUGAAGUCCAGCUACAAGACAGCUUAAUGAAAAGUCCCGAGUUGCUGAUAGAAAAUGAUAUGUUCAAAUCACUUUGCUUGCGGUUGGAGAAAGAAUCUACACAUUUAUCUGACUCUGCUCUUGUAAAUUCUCUAAAUGCAUUGACAAAGUUGCAUGUGGAUCCUUGCAAUACCCUGAUGGUUUGCUUGGUAUCAGAGACCCAGAAACGUCUUGAUAAGGGACAAAUGACCAUUAAAAAUUUGUGUAUUCUUGGAGAAGGCUUAUUUAAUCUUGGAGGACCAGAACAGCCUAUGCUGGACCAAAUUAUGAAUCAAAUUCAGAGUACAAAUGUUGAGGACUGGAAGAUUGAAGAAAUGGUCCUGGUAUACAGAACUCUGCAGCUGUAUGCAGGUAGGAGAACGAACCUGUUCCAGAACCUGCUAAGCAAAAUGAACAGUUUUGCAGAGACAGAAGAUUGCCAGUUCACUCCCAAACAGACAAGUACAGUGUUAAGUGCUCUGGUUGUUUUAGAUGAAACCCAAGUCAAUAACUUGAUAAUAAAACUUUGUAAGCAUGCAUCAUGCUAUAUCCCGUACUUUACAGAUGAUGAAAUGAUAGAUGUGCUGGAAGCAUUCAUUCAUUUCGGAUGCUCUGACCAGUGUUUCACAGAGGCGCUAGAAAGACAUGUUACUAAAUUUGCCUUUGUGAUGCAUCCCAACACAAUUUCCAAAAUCAUGCAGUACUGCAGCACGCUAUGCAUUCUUUCCAAACCCAUAUUCAAUGCAGUGGCAGAAACCUUUAUCUACAAUGCUGAUAAUUUCACCAUUUCUCAGAUUGUUGAGCAGGUUGUUCCAUUUGGGAAGCUCAACUAUUUGCCCCCGUCUGCUCCAUCUUUUUUCCGACAGGUUGAAAGGUUCGUUAGCAUGCGACUUUCUGAGUUUGAGCCUCAUGAACUUGUGAACCUUCUUCAUUCAUGCAUUCUCAUUAAAUGCUACCCGCUCAAUUUUAUGGAAAAACUGUUCAGUCCCUUUUUUCUGCAUGAAUUGCAAGCUGAAAGUCCAAGAUCGAAGAUUCUUUCUCAGUUGACUCAGCUGUUUUUAACCAUUCGACUGGAGUGUCCAUACUAUAAGAAGCUCAGGCUCCCCCUAGACUACCAAGUCAAGUCCUUUUACACUAGAUGUGAGUCAUUAGAAUCCAAGGUUGAUCUUCAUCUUUUCAACAGAGUGAAGGCUGGCAUGAUUGACCUCUUAGGGAGCCAAAAAUAUUUUGUCUAUAAUGUUCUGACACCAUAUCACUACACUAUAGAUAUUGAGAUAAAGCUCAAUGAAGAAGGAUUUGUACUACCCGUCAACGCAUAUGACGAGGUAUAUGAAAGAAUAGCUCUCUGCAUUGAUGAUGAAAAAAGAUUUUGUGCUAAUAGUCACAAUCUUCUUGGAAAAGAAUCCAUUAAGCAAAGACACCUGAAGCUCAUUGGUUAUGUGGUUGUACAGAUCCCAUUUUUUGAGUUUAACCCAUUGGACAACAAAAAUGAUGUGCAGGAAUACCUACACAAGAAAGUAUUUCCUAACUUUUAUAGCUUCCAUGAAAAUAAAGCCGAAUCCAAAUAAAUGUA